AUGGCGGAAAAAGAAGCGACAAUCUUCAUUCUCGACCUUGGCGCGUCCAUGGCCAGGGUCAACCGAAACAAUGGCCGCAACGAAUCAGACUUGGAUUGGAGCAUGCGCUACGUCUGGGACAGGAUAACUGACAUUGUCGCCGCCAACCGCAAGACGCUGUGUGUUGGUAUUCUCGGCCUACGAACGGAUGAGACCAGCAAUCAGUUGCAAGCCGAUGACGGGUACGAAAAUAUCUCGGUCCUCCAAGAGCUGGGCCAGAUGACGAUGCCCAACCUCCGGUCUUUGCAGUCCCACAUCAAAGUCAACCAGACAUCGUCUGGCGAUGCAAUCUCCGCCGUCGUCGUGGCCGUCGACAUGAUCGACUCCUUUACCAAGAAGCUCAAAUACAUGCGAAGAAUUAUUCUCGUCACCGAUGGCGAAGGCGAGCUGGACACCGACGACGUUGACGACAUAGCAAACAAGAUGAACGACUCCAAGAUAUCGCUGACGGUCCUCGGUGUCGACUUUGAUGAUGCCGAAUUCGGGUACAAAGAGGAAGACAAGACCGCCGUAAAGGCCACAAAUGAGAAGGCUCUGAGAGCUCUGGUGAGCAAGUGCGACAAUGGAGACUUUGCAACCAUGGCGGCGGCCAUCGACGAGCUCGAGAUGCCUCGAAUCAAGACCGUCAAGCCGUACAAGACCUACGAUGGCCUCCUCACUCUAGGAAACCCGGAGUUGUCGCCCUCGAUGAGCAUCAAUGUCGAGAGAUACUUCAAGACACACCUCGCUCGUCCGUUGGGAGCAAGCACCGUCGUCGUCAAAUCCGAGCAGGUUGCCAGCACCCAAUCAACAAAGACAUUGGACGAUGACGCCAUGGAAGGCGUCGAGUUCUGCGCGGCAAAACAAACACGGUCAUACAAGGUCGACGACCCGGAGGCCCCAGGCGGCAAGCGCGACGUCGAGUUUGAAUCGCUCGCCAAGGGCUACGAAUACGGGAGGACGGCUGUGCACAUCAGCGAGUCGGAGCACAACAUCACCAAACUGGAGACGCAAAAAUGCUUUUCAAUCCUUGGAUUUAUCCCAUUCAACUCGUACGAACCGUUCCUCAGCAUGGGCGAAGCUUGCGUCACGCACGCACGCGCUUUUGACGAGCGGUCGGAAAUCGCUCUAUCUUCCUUGGUAUGGGCGCUCUCGGAACUUGAGUCGUAUGCCAUCGCUCGCCUCGUCACGAAAGACGGCAAGGAGCCGCAACUGGUGCUGCUGGCUCCACAUAUUGAUAAUGAUAUUGAGUGCCUUUACGACGUACCUCUCCCGUUUGCGGAGGACGUUCGCGCUUACCGAUUCCCGCCCCUGGACAAGGUCAUGACGGUGAGCGGGCAGACGCUCACCCAGCACCGACUGUUGCCUUCGGAUGAGCUGAACGAGGCAAUGAGCGACUACGUUGAUGCGAUGGACUUGACGGAAUAUGCCAAAUCUAGUGGUGCCGCCGACCAUAUGCCGAUGGAUGAAACGUUCAACCCAGCAAUUCACCGCAUAAACCAUGCGGUGAAGACGCGAGCGGCUCAUCCAGAUCGGCCGAUUUCGAAAAUGCCCCCUGCGCUCCUUCUGCACUCUGCUCCCCCUGAUGACUUGGUGAAGAGGGUGCAAGAGCGAAUAGAUGCUUUGAUCGAGGCCGCAGAAGUGAAAAAAGUGCCGCCCAAGGCAAAGGGCCGGCGAAACAGGGAGGCUGUCAAGCCCAUCUCGGGCUUGGAUGUGGAUGCGCUGCUUGGUGAUGGCAAGAAUGGCCAGGUAUCCGAGGAGAACCCCAUCCCGGACUUCAAGCAGGCCUUGGCAGGCGCAUCAGAUACGAGCUCGAUUCGGCCAAUCGCAAAGCAGAUGGGAACCGUUGUGCGGUCGCUCGUCACCAACAGCUUUGGCACCAGCAAGGACGCCCAGGCCCUGGAGUGCCUCCGCGUCAUGCGGGAGGAGCUGACGAAUGCGGAGGAACCUGGACUCUACAAUGCCUUCGUAACCGACUUCAAGAAGAGUCUGCUCUCCGGGGAGCUGGGAGGAGACAGGAGGGAACUGUGGUAUCAAAUGCAGAAGCCGCCACUGGGGUUGAUUAGCAAAGGGGAAUCCGAAAUAUCCGACGUCACGGAUGAGCAGGCGAAAGAGGUGAGAAACUCCAACGGCCGAGCCAUGGACGAUGAGCCGUUCAAUCGACGUUAA